AUGUUGAAGGAUAUGGGCGAUCAAAAAUCAGAUAGUAUUUUAUCAACAACAAACAAUAGUAGUAUCAAUCAAUGUCGUACUUGCAAGGUUGAAUUUGUAUCCAGAAAUCAGUUGAUGCACCAUUUGGAAAAGGAAAAUCAUGGGAAACAAUCACCAAUGACACCUUUACAAUCAGUUAUAUUUGAAAAACUAAAUCAUUUACCAACAAAACAACAAAGAGAAGCCCAGUUUAUGCUGAGUAAACAUCAAACAAUAUUUGAUACGUCAAAUCCGUCAGCUAUCAAUACUACAGUGCAUCACACCAUACAAACGGGUAAUCAUUUUCCAAUUUAUCAUCAUCCUCGUCGAACAUCAAACACUAUUCGAGAAGUUAUUCAUGAAGAAACUAACAAGAUGUUGAAAGAAGGAGUUAUUCGACCAUCGAAGUCCCCAUGGUCUUCACCGGUAGUAAUAGUACGAAAAAAGGAUGGAAGUCCACGAUUUUGCGUAGAUUACAGAAAAAUCAACGCUAUAACACAAAAAGAUGUUUAUCCACUUCCACGUAUGGACGAGAUCAUAGAGCAACCAGCAGGUUCAACAUGGUUUUCAAAACUGGAUUUAAAGAGUGGAUAUUUUCAGGUACCAAUUUCCGAAUGUGAUAAACCAAAAACAGCAUUCGCUACUCAAGAUGGUCUUUGGGAAUUUAAUCGUUUACCACAAGGACUAAUUAAUUCACCACCAACAUUUCAACGAAUAAUGAAUGAAACGUUGGGUAAUCUGCGGUGGGAUAUAUGCCUUGUAUAUCUAGAUGACAUCAUUAUCUAUUCGAAAUCGUUUGAACAACACGUCAAAGAUGUCGACAAGGUCUGCCAGGUGCUAGCAAAAGCCAAUUUCAAACUCAAUUCGGAAAAAUGUGAAUUAUUCAAAAGAGAAAUAACAUUUUUGGGACACAAAAUCAAUAGUGAUGGUGUUUCUCCAAUGCCAAAUCAUGUUAAAGCAAUUACAGCGUUUCCAAAACCAACAUCGGCCAAAGAUGCCUAUUCGUUUUUACAAAUGACUGGUUUUUAUAGAAAAUUUGUCAAAAACUUUGCUCACAUAGCAGCACCAUUGCACAAGUUUUCGAACAAAGAUAUUCAGUUUGUUUGGGGAUCAGACGAACAACAAGCCUUUGAACAAUUAAAAGUUUGUUUAACUACACCACCUGUUUUACAUUUACCCGACAAAUCAUCACCAUACAAAGUACAAACCGAUGCAUCAAAUUCAGGCAUCGGAGGUGUUUUGUUACAAUUGGUUGGAGAACAAUGGAAACCUAUCGCCUUCAUGUCAAGAACACUCACAGCAGCCGAGAAGAAAUAUUCGUCAAUCGAGAAAGAAGGAUUAGCUAUUUGGUGGUGUAUCACGGAAAAAUUUCGACCGUAUUUAUAUGUAGCUGGCGAAACUUUAACAAUUACAUUAUUACUUGUAUGA